GCUCGACUACAUCCGCGACCUGCCGGUGCUGCUGCCAUUCAUGUUGCGCACACUGGUGUCGGUGAACGGUCUGAUGUGGAUGUUCAGAGUGCGCGUUCUGAUCUGUCUUUUGGGCGUUCUGCUGUACGUUCUGAGUCCACUGGACAUUCUGCCCGAAUCGGCGUUGGGUUUGGUGGGCAUGGUGGACGAUUUGUUUAUUGUGUUCGUGGUGUUGAUUUAUUGCUCGGUGCUGUUUAGACAGUUAUUUGCUGAUGGGCAGAUGAGAUUCGGAUUAUUUGAUAUGUUCGGAUGA